AAGCUUUUAUUUCCCCAGGAGUUGAUUCUUCGAUUAGCUUCUAGGUUUCAGCCGGAGCUCCAUCAUGUCAACCGGGACGCAGCUGCUCAGACUGCUGCUCAACGAGCGGCUGGCAGCGGCUGCAGAGGAAAUCUUUGGACUAGUUGAGAAGACGAUAGCGGAGUAUCAGGAUGAGGCUGUCCGCUCCAAGAGAGAAGUCAUCCAGCUGAAGAAGCAGAUCGAGCAGCUGACCGUUUUAAAACCUCAAGUAACCUUAUUCAGAGCAGACUCCCAGCUGGUCUCUGAGGAACGCCCUCCUGCACUGCAGCACCAUCACAUUAAGAUGGAAGAGAUUCGCAUCGUGGAGAUCCAGGUGCAGUCACAGGUGAAAGAGGAGCAGGUGGAUGAAUGCAUCAGUCCAGACAUGGAGGCAGUUACUUGUAACGAUGCUGAAAUGAAUCAUAAAACCCCAGCCACUAACUGUGAGCUGCUCCCAUCUCCAACGACUGAAGGUGUGAUUGAGAAUAAAAGCGUAGACGAUUACUGGAAUGAAGGAGAUGGUUCAUUGUCGCCUCAUCAGAGUUACAGUGUUGAAGUCUUUGUGGAUCAAGAACAGCCUCUGGUGGAAGACAGGACUUGCUGUUUUUGUGGUGAAAGUUAUAAGAAGGACUGUGAACUUAUAAGGCAUGUAGCAAAGAGCCACAAAGGCCACAAAGCCUUUAAAUGUAUGGAGUGCAACAAGGAGUUUAAAAAAAGGUCCCACUUUGUUGUGCAUAAAAGAAUUCACACUGGUGAAAAACCCUUCAGCUGUGAUUACUGUGACAAAACAUUCAAUCAGAACUCAAGCCGCCUCGCUCACAUGAGGGUUCAUACAGGAGAGAGACCAUAUUAUUGUAAAAAAUGUGGGAGAAGUUUUACUACUAGCAAGCAUUUAAAGAUUUGCAAAAUGCAGGAUGAGCACACAAUCACACCAGGAAAGAGAAAUGAAGAUGAAGAUCACAAAGAGAUGGAGAGUGUCAAAAGCUUUGAAUUAAACACGACGUUGGAACGUAAGCAACACUAUGUUCAGCACAACAGAGUUCUCACUGCUAAAAAACACUUCAACUGUGAUUUCUGUUAAAAUAAAAAUGUUUUAACUAACUGUUUUUGGUCAGGGGCAGUUGUCAUUGUGAGGAUGUAAAACCUGUUGAAACAUUGUGUGUUUUUGGUUACACAAUUAACCAAAUCUUCACAAAGUGCAAGAUAAAAUUAGAAA